CUGUGCAAAAAAUUUGUUGCUUCACGUCAGCCAGUCGGCUGUAUUUUAAUUAUUUUUUCAAAACAAGUACGAUACAAUAGCGUUUUUGUUAAUUUAUUCCUUCUGACUGAUAAUUCACAUAAAACUAUGGAGUAUAUCGCAUCAGAAAAGGGAGACUCAACAGAGAAUCGAGAUCCAAAUUCAAUAGCCAAUGGCACAUCUAAGUCAUCGACAGAAAACAAGAGUAUUUUGGAGAGCGCACACAUAGAAGCUCCCGCGGAGAGUGCGGCAUGCACGUCGGAGACCACUGAAGACUCAGAACCUGAAUUAUGUGAGAUUCCGGAACAGAUCGAAUUUACAGUAGUUUUUAAUAAAGCCAAACAUGACAUUACUUUCGCGUACGAUGCCACUGUGGUUGAUUUAAAAGCUCAUUUGGAGCGAAUAUGCGGCGUGCCGCAAUCAGCUCAGAAAUUAAUAAUUAAGGGCAUGGCCAAGGACAACAUGACACUGCGACAAUCCGGCGUCCAGAAAGGAGGAAAGGUCAUGCUUGUUGGAUCCAAAAUGGAUGACAUUCUGGCUGUGAAGAGUGCCCAAAAGGAAUUAUCGGAAGAGAGAGCAAAUAGUCAGUCAAGUAAGGAGCCACUUUGCAUGCAGAAGAUUCACAGGAAAGUUCUGGAUAAGGGCAUCCCUCCUGAUGUGAUGCCUGGAAUUAAGGGAGUCAAGGAGCCCCUGCCACCAGUUCCCCUUAGUGGUAUGUUAAACAAACAUGGAGGUAAAGUGCGGCUCACAUUCAAACAUGAACAGGAUCAGCUGUGGAUCGGCACGAAGGAGCGCACAGAGAAGCUCGCCAUGGCUUCUAUUAAAAGCAUCACAUCGGAACCAAUCAAAGAACAUGAGGAGUAUCAUAUCAUGGGUUUACAACUAGGUCCAACAGAAGCAUCGCGGUAUUGGGUAUACUGGGUGCCCGCACAGUACAUCGAAGCCAUAAAGGAUGCAGUGCUCGGCGUCUGGCAAUUAUUCUAAUCAAUAUUCUUGACUCUUCUGUCCAUUGCUGUCUCUACCUUCCUAUCAGCCGAUUGGGUAGUUGCAAUAUAAAUUUUUAAUCUAAUGUGUCCAUUACAAUCGGUACAAUGUAAUCGUACCACUUUUUUAUUUGUGAUAAAAAUACAUAUUAUGCCAUGUCAAUUAAAAUUGUCCAUAUUCGAACUGGCAUCUAUCUGGUCAACAAAAUUAAGGAAAUUAUUUAUUGUUAUUGUAAGUUUGCAUUUCGCGCAUUUGGGUUCAAUGAGCUGUACAAGUGUACAUAGAUUACUGCUGUAGUAAUCAUAAGAUGCCCGAGCGUCCCUCGAGAGCUUAUUGUCCCCCGAGUUUCAAACCUGAUCUCUUUAUGUGAACUUUACAAUGUCACUUGAGUGGAGGGAUUGGACUGAGCACACAACUACUCUAAUCACUGUAAGUGUAAUCAUGAUGUGUGUUUUUAAAAUUAUGUAUUUGUAUGUCAUAGUUGUUACUCAAGCCAAUUCCUCGCUUAAAACUUUUGAUCAUAGAAUUAGAAAAAUAAAAUGAUUUGAAUAUUA